AUGGCUGAUCACGGGUUAGGUGAAGUGGAAGAGCAGGUUGAUCUCGAUGGUGACAAUGACAUAGAGGAAAUGAUGGACGAUGAAGCAGAAGAUCCUGUGGAGGACGAUGAUUUCAGGAAAGAAGGAGAUGAAUAUGCGGAGCUGCCACAUGGUUCUGAGGGGGAAGAAAAUGGUUCAGAGGGAGAAGACCAUGGCUUUGCCGCUGAUGUCCGUGGCUCCGAAGGUGAGAGCCAGGACAAUGUGUCGCCAUCGGAGGUAGAUAAUGACGUAUCAAGCGCUUCAAAGAACGAAGGGGAGACUACGCGAUCAAAAGGCGAGGAUGAGAGGCUGAAGUAUGCCGAAUUGCUCGCUCUUCCUCCUCAUGGAUCUGAAGUCUUUAUUGGUGGGAUUCCCCGCAACGCAACAGAAGAAGAUUUGAGGGGACUUUGUGAACCGUUUGGUGAAAUUUUUGAGGUUUGAAUGACUAGUACUUUUUUUGGUUCUUCAUAAUGGUUUCUUUAUUUGGGUGGUUGUGAGAUUUGAAACUCCAACAGGUGAGGUUGAUGAAGGACAAGGACAAAAAGGAAAACAAGGGCUAUGCUUUCAUAACGUUUACGUCGAAGGAUGCUGCUCAGAAAGCUGUUGAUGAGAUUCAUGAUAAAGAGUAUCAGGUUCCGCGGCAUAGCCUGCUUCAUCUUUAGUUCCUCAUGCAAUAGUUUCAUGCAGUCAUUUGAAGUAAAUGUUAAUUGGUUCUGCGGCAAUUGGUUUUUUUUCCACCAGGGUAAAACUUUAAGGUGUUCUCAGUCUCAAUCUAAGCAUCGGCUAUUCAUUGGGAACAUUCCAAAGAGUAUGAAUGAAGACGAUAUGAAGAGAAUACUUGAAGAAAAUGGUCCUGGAGUUGAAAAUAUUGAAUUUCUAAAGGUGGAUUUGCUGUGAGAAAGUCAAUUAGCUUGAUGUCUCCGGGUUCUGCUUGCCCAUCUCACUAUUACUGCCUGCUGAUUGCUGCAGGAUCCUGUCAAUCCGAGCCGAAACCGUGGAUUUGUCUUUGUGGAGUACUAUAAUCAUGGCUGUGCUGACUAUUCACGACAGAAAAUGUCAGUUGCAAGCUUCAAGCUGGAAGGUACAAAGCCUACUGUCAGCUGGGCCGACCCCAAGAACUCUACCGAUUCUUCUGCCUCUUCUCAGGUGAAGUAAAUCAACUAAAUGUUUGAAAUCCAUGUAGUCGUAAUUUUCAACUGAAAACAUCCAUCCCUUUUUUAUGAAAACCAAAAAUUCUCAACCAAUUUUCGCCAGUCGUUUAUGUAAGUUGUGUCAUACUAACAGACUACAGUAUAGGAUGAAGUAUCUAUUUGGAAUCAUUUAUAUGUUGAACUGGAUUUCGGGGUCUAUACAAUCUGAGAUGACAUAAUUUCACUUUACGCUCCCCGUGAAUGAGAUCUUUUUUUAUUUAGUUCUCUUUCGGAUGACUGCGAAUGUUAUUUACUGCCAAAGAAAUGUCUUACUUAAAGAUCUUGAUGUACUGCUGCUGUGACUCUCUUCCCUCUACAAAUUUUCUUGAUUUUUGCGUUAUUUCUAGGGAAAUGUAUUAGAUGGUACGGAAUACUUUGGUCCAAACUCAAUCAGAGUCUAGGGCGUGGAAAUUCAACAAAAUAGUAUACACAGUUGAUUUAUCCAAUAGAAUUUUUUUCUUGAUAGUAUUUGAGAUUCUUUUUAAUUGAAUAAAAUGAAGUAGAAAGUUUCUCCUCGCACUCUUUACCUUUAUUUGUACAUUGUAAACUCAAUGUUUGGUCUCGUCUCAAAACUCAGGAACAGCGAAAAUACAGACUCUCUAUUAUGGCGCUGAAGUUAGGAGCUGCUUUAAACUCACUUAUGAAAUGCACUUGCUUCACACGUGAUAAGUUAGUAUUUUUACAGUAGUGCAGAGAGAGUUGGAAGAAAUGUAUGUUUUUAAUGAUUUACCAAAAAUACGAUGGUACUUAACAUUCACUUUACAUUUGCCAAUGGAGCAAAAGAAUUACAAUCAUAAUGCCUUGAUAAUGAAAAGACUGAGGGUUGAAAUCUUCAUUUUACGGUAAGUGGUCCACUGGAUGUUUACUAACUUCAGUAUUUUUUUGCUGAAUAAUGUUUUUAUGAAAUGGGUUAGUCACGAGCCAUAUCAUCUCGUGGUUAUCAGGCUUUAGUCUCUCCUGUGGAGUGCACCUCUUGAAUUCUCGUGACUUGUUUUAGUCUGUAUCCUAUUUGAUUGGGCUAUGAAAACCUUGAGAUUUGUUUAUCGGCUAUUUUUACAUUUGGUAGGUCGUCUCUUCUCCAUAAUUAUUUCACUGUCUCUAAGGCCAUCCGGGAUAUCCUGUUGGCCUAUUAGUUGUUCUUUGUUGAAUUUUCUGUCCCAGGUUCUUGCCCUUGGGUUCAUGAUAAUGAUGGUGAACUGGGGCCCUCUCCAUUUCCCCAUUCACAAUUAGCUUGUUGAUUUUAUUUACUUUUUUCUCCAUAUUUUAUAGGGAUAUUUUUAUCUACUUUUCCCCCGUAUUCAGUUAUUCCUAGUUCAGUCCCUUCUCUUUCGCUCAUUUCUCUACACUUGCCGUUCUUUGUCAGCCACAUUAAACUUCAGCAAGUAUAGCGCAUUGUAGACGUGGAAUCGUGGGCAUGAAGUCUUGAAAAUUGACCUGCCAGCGAUUAUAUGACUGACCAAUUUCAAGUGCAUUGAAAGACCUCUUAUAUCUUUAGUGGUAUUUAGCUAGUCAUCAGUGCUCCUAGUCUUUCUGCUCUUGAUGUAUGCCCAUCUUCUUUGGAAUUCAGUCAUAGGACCAAGUGCCCGUGCCAUCUCUCUCUCUCUCUAUACACGUACUUGGAAAAAAGGAGUAGAAUAUUUCUGAUAGGAUCAUUCGACCCAUUGGAAGAGGAAGAGAGCAAUCUUCUUCAUCCGGGAUAAUCGAAAGUUGCCAACGUGGAGCCUUUCUCUCAUUAAAUGAAAGAAGUACUUGUUAAUGGGGUUUCUUUAAAUGAAUGAGAGGAAAAAGUCACCAAACUGAAACUGGAAUCACAGUUCAAAGCCUCUGAUUUCGUUCCGGAACCACAUGCACACGUUCUUUGACUCAAAGCCUGCUGUUGUCUAGUGCAACCUGUGUUCUCUUGGAGGGUUCUGUUGGACCUUCGUUCCCUUUGGACUGAAGGGGCUAACUUGGGCUUAAUUCAGCCAAGCCUUCAGCCUGCAAUAGAAAAAUAUGUCAUGAACUUGGCUUUACUCCUUCCCCUAUACCAUUGGAUUGUUUUUUUUUUGUGCCGGUCUGAGUUGAUGGGAAAAUUCCAUCACAUUUCGCCGUUGCAAAUUUUGGUGGAUGGAACUUCGAUUUUACCUUUCCAUUGCCUCUGAUGUGAUUGAUAUUCCAUUUUUUCAACUUUUUAUUAAUAUCCCUAUUCAUCUCCUUUCACUAUUUUAUUCAGGACCAUGCAUUGAAGAUUACAUUAGAUAUUUAUUUUUUAAUUUCCCAGAUGAAGAACAAGCAGAUGUAUUCCUCAUAAUUUUUAUACCUAUUAAAUUGCAGAGUUCCAGAUUGGUAUCCCUCUUUUUUGUGCAAAUCUUAUGAUUAUAUAUAUAUUCCUGUGCAAUUUAGAUCCCUGUUUAUGUGCAUGAUCUUGUUGGAACAUGUGUAUGCAUUGCAAUCUAUGUUGAUAAUUCUUUGUGAUCUCCAGGUAAAGGCUGUAUAUGUGAAAAAUUUGCCUGAGAGCAUCACUUCAGAAAAGUUAAAGGAAAUUUUUGAGCGCCAUGGAGAGAUCACAAAAGUUGUUCUUCCACCUCCGAAGGCUGGACAGACCAAGAAAGACUUCGGAUUCGUCCAUUUUGCCGAAAGAUCAAGUGCACUAAAGGCAGUCAAGGGAACAGAAAAAUACGAAAUCGACGGUAAUUUUGGGCUCUUCACUAGUUUUAUGAUUGUUUAAUUGAGGUCUUAGUCUAAUUUCUUCAGUAGUUGGUGAAAUGGAAUUUCCUUUUCUAGUAUCUCUUUCUUUUCUGAUAUCAGAAUAUUACUUAGUAACUUAUUUACCGUGGAAUUAUAUCCUAGGUCAUGUUUUAGAGGCGACUCUUGCAAAGCCCCAGAGUGACAGAAAGGUCGACCAUGUCAUGAAUUCCAGCAAACCCGCCCUUCUUCCCAGUUAUUCUCCUUAUCCUGCCUACGGGUACGGUGGAGAUCCAUACGGAGGCUACUCUGCCGGCUACGGCGCCCCAGGAGGGUUUGGACAGGUGGUUCCUCUGGUUCUAUGCCUACUCACCUGUUGUGGCCUUGUGAUGUCUUGAUAUUUCCUCAUACAAAACCUUGCUCCGGUGCAAUGUCUCUUUGCAGCCCAUGAUUUAUGGCAGGGGCCCAAUGCCUCCUGGGAUGAGAAUGGUGCCAAUGAUGCUGCCUGAUGGUCGAGUUGGCUACGUUCUGUGAGUUCUUCCAUUUCCUCAAGGCCGGACGUGUCCUCCAUCCUUCUUUAUUGGUGAUUUCUUUCUUACCCCACUUCAUCUUCUUCUUCUUCCCGCAGACAGCAGCCGGGUGUGCAGUCUUCACAGCUGCCACUGCCUCGGAGAGGCGAUCGCAGUGGCGGUCCUAGUGACAGUGGAAGUAGAGGCCAAGACGGAGGCCGCGGCCGGCGGUAUCGCCCUUACUAG